AUGCUCAAGCGCAUGGAGAUGAUCAUGACGAGCGAGGACACCAUCAAGCAGGCCAAGGACAUGCUGAUUCUCGACGAUCAGUGCAAUGUUCCACACCUGGAAUGGAACCGGAACACACGUUCCCUGCAGGUCAAGAGGGACCGGGAUCCCAAGACUCUCACCCAAGUCCUCGAACUCCUCAAAGCCAUGCAGACCCUCGUCAUCCAGCCCAUGGCGGUCAUACGUUUCCAGGAAAUGAAGUCGGAAGUGGUGCCGCUGAUCGGCUCCCGUACAGCGGAGUGCCAUCAGCUGUGGAAUGCCCUGCAGCGCUUGAGCCACAGCGCUGCCUGUCAGGUGACAGUGGUCUCCCUGCGGAGCGAUCGUAUGGGGCGAUCGGCCUUGGGAGUGGCAGUGCAGAAGAUCAUCGACGAGAUGUACGGCGCUUACGCAUUGCCAAUCCUGGCAAUUACUGUUACAGCAAUGUUGCUGUCAUUGCUCUCGGGAUGA